AGAACGGUUAGGGAGAAGGGGGGCGUAAGUGGGUGGGUAGGUGGCGCGCGCUCGGCUCGCGCUCGCAUUCCUCUCGACCGCCGCGGGGACGACCGGCGUCGUGACGAUCCGCUCCGCAUUGAAACAUGGAAAUCUCCUUCGCUCGUCCUCUCCUUGCGUCACCUCGCGUAUCGUGUAUGCAGUUUUCGCUUCCCUUCACGAGUGCCGUAUAUGUAUAACUCGACACGGUCACUUCACGCCCGUGUAUAUGCCGCUCGAUGCGUGAGAUGUUCAGGUGCAGGUAUUGCAGCAUAAUUGUCUUUUUUUUCCGAUACGAUGUAUUUCUACCGGUUCGUUGAGCGUCGCGUUUUCAUAUCGCGGUAUCAGUUUCUCGAUAAUUUUUCGUAAUGCGAAGUAAAUAUUGCGUCGAACAAUCGAGCGUCUCUCUCUCUCUGUCUCUCUCUCUGUCUCUCGUUUUCUUUCUUUUUGCAACUUUAUUAAUUUAUUUAAGCCACGUCCCUCGCGCGUAUGAUGAAACAUAGAAAACGCGUAUCGGGAAUACCGCGAGUCGAUCGAAACUCAUGAUAAUAGCUCGUUAAUUAAUUCUGCAAGGUAAUGGCAGUGGUGCCACUCGAUACAUAUACGAAAUAGUGUCGGGACUGUUCGUCAUUUUUUCGAAUUCGACGAUUGGCAUGAACUGGGUCGCGCAGCUCCGCAUGCGAAUUUAAAGCUCCCUUCGCCAAGGUUAAGGUUAAGUACACUACUAUAAGAUGUAACGCGGACCGAUGUAAUUAGAUUCUAUUAUCUGCUGUAAUUUUAUCGAGGCGAAACGUACCUCGGAUAAACGUUUUAUUCUCACGAUACUUACGCGUUAGCGUGGACAACUUCACGCAUAAGCGGCGCAUCGGAGUGAAGUCGCUCGCGUGAACGCAACCAAUCGGACUCUCUCUCUCUCUCUUUCUCAUUUCUCGCGUAACAAGCAUCACGACAGUGUUACGGUGAGUGCGUUGGACGGGCGUUUCUCGCAUUUCGCUCAUUCGACUCGUCCGUCGUUCGUUUUUCGCGUUGCUCGUCCAUCCCGCCAAGUGCACGCGUGAACGUCGAACGGCGAAUUAAUCGUAGCGCGUGCAACGAUAAAUUGACCGACGAGCGGCCGACAUAACCCGCGUACGACGAGCGCGAAGUUGCCUUCGCGUCCCACGGAUUUGUUUCUCCGCGUGACGUACACCGCGAUUUCGUCCUCGUCUUCCUGGUCGUUUCGAACGCGAUCGAGCAUCGCGGAGUGGAUCGAGUUCGCGUUUGUUCCUCCUACAGGACGCAUAUCGGGAGUGUCGAAUUAAGUAACGGGCGAGUCGCGAUUGUGACUUCGCGUCGCCAUGUUUUUUGUUUCUAACCCGCGUCGACAGUGUUGAAUUAAAUAAUGACCGGUGUCAGUUAUUUCGCGUUGCUUAUUCGGUCGACGUGCGCCGUAAAUAUAUCAGACGUGAGUGAAAUAAUCGCGAGUAUCUCGAUUAUUGCGCGUGCGACCGAUAAUCCUUUUCCGCGAUCGGUUUGUGUUGUGCGAGUGCCUGAAGGAAGCAGAAGGAUCGGCAGCAGGACGAGCGAGAGGCAGCAGGGCGAGCGAGAGGAAUCUGUCGACCGCUUCAGGACCGCCCAGCUAUCGGAAUCUGUCGACUGCUUCAGGACCGCCCAGCUGUCUGUGAGUUUUAUUUUUUUUUUUAUCUCGAAAUUUAUACCAAGUAUUUCUCAUGUCAAAGGAACAAAUUAUUUAAAGCUGCUUAUUUAAAGCUGGUUAAAAAAUUCAUUAGUUUUAUCUGGAACUUUGAAUAACAAUAUUUCCGGAAAAGGCCGGAGAUUCUCAGGAAAUUUUCUCACAAGAUUUAAGCAAACCCACAAUUAACCGAAAAGUACAGUUGGCAGAUCAAUGGGAUAAAAGCUUCGUAUAACUGACAGCUGUACGUCCGCUCGCGCGAGCGAUAAUUAAAUAAAACGAUCGGAUGCAAGGGAUCUCUGUUCGCGCGCGACGCGUCCACGCAAUUGUGAGAACCGUCGGCAGUUUUAUUCAGCGAUAAACACGCGAUUGGUAUCGCGCGAGGACGAUUCACGUCGGAGGUGACGAGGAGAGACUCGCGAGUUCGAACAAAUCGAGUGACACUCGGCGCGCGAUUAUCCCUAAUCGCCGAUCCGUCGAAACGUCUUCCAUUCGCGUCGCAUAUCGGCAGAAAAAGAGACGGGAUGAAAGGACGCGAGAGAUUCGACUUCGCGGAUAAUCGAUGAGACGCACGUGAGUGACGCAUCCGCCGGUGACUUCUCGAUCGAGGCGAGAAGCGUCGCCGUCGAUAAACGACGACGACACACGACAAUGACAACGACGACGAUGACGAGGGGUAGACGAACGGCGUCCCCCCUCUCCCCUUGCGCUCUUCUCCCCCGCGAUUUUUCCGUUUUUACUUCGUUACGGGCGAAUAAGAAUCGGCAGGAUCGACGCCGAGGUCUCGCUCGACCUCCGCGGUCGUCAAUACACUGAAAAAAAAUUCACUAGAUUGAAAUAAAAAAUUUUUUUAAU